AGAAAAUACAAGAAUAUGUGCAAAAGGGCAUUACAUUACCCCCAAGUAGAAACCCCUCCACCACACAUCCUUUUGAAAUCACUAAAGAACACUCUCAAUGAAAUCCUUUUCGCCGACGAUCCGUUCCGAAAAAUCAGGAACGAACGUCGAAAAGAGAAGAAAAAGAUCGAGUUAGUGUUGAGACACUUCCCGAUCUUGGAAUGGGCUCGUGGUUACAAUUUGAACUACUAAUCAGACGUUAUCUCAGGGAUCACGAUAGCAAGUCUUGCUAUUCCUCAAGGGAUUAGCUAUGCUCAACUCGCUAAUCUCCCUCCAAUCCUUGGUCUUUACUCGAGCUUCGUGCCGCCGAUGGUUUACGCGAUAAUGGAGUCAAAAGAUUUAGCGGUGGGUACAGUAGCGGUGGCGUCGCUGUUAACGGCGGCAAUGCUGGGAAAGAGAAACAUGGGUGUUGCUUUCCUCUUUUUCCUUCUUACAACCAAGUACAUUAGCAAGAAGAGACCAAAACUAUUCUGGAUAUCUGCAAUGGCUCCACUUGUUUCUGUCAUUUUUGGAAGCCUCUUCGUUUACUUCCUCCAUGCCCAGUUCCAUGGCAUCCAAAUUAUUGGAGAAUUAAAGAAAGGGAUUAAUCCACCGUCCAUCACACAUCUGGUUUUCACGUCACCUUAUGUCACGCUGGCUCUUAAAACCGGCAUUAUCACUGGAGUCCUAGCUCUUGCUGAAGGAAUUGCAGUGGGGAGAAGCUUUGCAAUGUAUAAGAAUUACAACAUAGAUGGUAACAAAGAGAUGAUUGCAUUUGGGAUGAUGAACAUUUUUGGUUCCUUCUCCUCUUGCUAUCUCACUACCGGACCGUUUUCACGUUCCGCGGUGAACUACAACGCCGGUUGCAAAACGGCGGUAUCAAACGUGGUGAUGGCGGUUGCAGUAGCAGUAACAUUACUGUUCUUAACGCCAUUAUUCUUUUAUACGCCGUUAGUAGUUCUGUCGUCUAUCAUCAUCGCCGCCAUGCUCGGACUCGUUGACUACGAAGCAGCCAUGCAUCUUUGGAAACUCGACAAGUUCGAUUUCUUCGUUUGUCUCUCUGCUUUCCUCGGCGUCGUUUUUGGUACCAUUGAGAUUGGUCUCAUCCUCUCUGUACGUGGAAAUCAGGUGAGUGCUGAGGUUACUGUUGUUGGGAAGACAAAGAUAUAUUUAAUGGGAAAGAUUCAGAACACAGAGAUCUAUAGGAACAUUGAACAGUACCCUCAAGCAACUACUCUCUCUGGCCUCAUCAUUCUCCAUAUCGAUGGUCCUAUUUACUUCGCCAACUCUAGCUACUUGCGAGAUAGAAUUGGAAGGUGGAUCGAUGAGGAGGAAGAGAAACUGAGAAAGAGUGAAGAAAACAGUCUACAAUACAUCAUACUUGAUUUGAGUGCUGUGGGGAACAUCGACACGAGUGGUAUAAGCAUGCUUGAGGAAGUCAACAAAAUACUAGGACGAAGAGACCUCAAGCUAGUGAUAGCAAACCCAGGAGCAGAGUUGAUGAAGAAGCUAAGCAAGUCCAAGUUCAUAGAGACCAUCGGCAAAGACUGGAUUCAUCUCACGGUAGCAGAAGCCGUCUCAGCCUGCGACCACAUGCUCCAAACAGCUAAACCGGACUCACCGGAGAAAAUCUCCGGUGUACCGGAAUUCAACAACGUUUAAGAUGGUUACAAAUUAAAAUCUCACAUUAAUAUAUUUUCACCAAGAAUAAAGUCGAAAAGCUAAGAGUCUGUCUGUUAUUCAAAUUUUCACUACUUACUACUAUUGCGUUCAAAAACAUAACGCUGUUAAAUUAAACCAUUUUUCACA